AUGGGUAAAGAGGUGGCGGACAUCGAGUCCCCGUCGAAGACUUCCAUCGAAAAUGGCGCUGAGCCUAGCAGUCCCCCCCAGCUGGUCUCGACCACCGAGCGCAAGCUGAUGGCCAAAAUUGAUAUGCACAUCUUGCCUGUGCUUUGUGUGCUGUACCUCCUGGCCUUCUUGGAUCGUGUGAAUAUCAGUAACGCUGUUAUUUUUGGCCUGCGAGAGGACCUGAAAAUCGUAUCUGGCACCCAAUACAAUACUGCCUUGACGAUCUUCUUCAUCCCAUACAUUCUCUUUGAGAUCCCAUCAAACAUUCUCCUGAAGAAACUCCGUCCUCAUGUGUGGUUGUCACUCUGCAUGUUCCUCUUUGGAUUCGUCACAUUGGUUCAGGGCUUUGUGAAGAACUAUGCUGGCUUGCUGACCACUCGUUUUUUCCUGGGUCUUUUUGAAACCGGCAUGUUCCCAGGGUGCUUCUACCUGAUGGGCAUGUGGUAUAAGCGCACAGAAGCGCAGAAGCGCUUUUCGUUCUUUUUUAGCUCCACCACUCUCGCGGGUGCCUUUGGUGGCCUCUUGGCUGGCGCCAUCGGCAAAAUGGACGGCAUGAGCGGCUACCGCGGCUGGCGAUGGAUCUUUAUUCUGGAAGGUGUUCUCACCUGUGUCAUCGCCGUCGCUUGGUUUUUCUUGAUCCCGGAUUUCCCAGAAGAUGUCAAAUGGAUGAACGAGGAGGAACGCGCCUUCAUCCAGACGAAGCUCGCUAAGGAUGUCGGAACUGCUGGUCACCAUGUCUCACUUACCUGGAAAGACGUUCUCGAUGUGCUCAAGGAUGUCAAGAUCUUCCUCGGAGGCUUGAUGUACUUCGGAAUGAUUGUCCCGGCUUACAGUUACGCUUAUUUCGCUCCCACUAUUAUCAAGACAUUUGGAUAUAGCGCCAUCGAAACACAGCUCUACUCCAUCCCCCCUUGGGCUGUGGCAUUUGCAGUUGCUAUGAUCCUCGCCUAUUUCUCGGAUCGUUUACAACAUCGUUUCGCCUUCGCAGUCUUACCCAUUUUUAUCGCUAUCGCUGGUUUUGCAAUCGUCCUCAACGUUCAUGGCGUCGCCACGCGCAGAGUUCAAUACUUCGCUCUGUUCCUCAUCACAUCCGGUGCCUUCAGCGCUAUGCCCAUCAUUGUUUGCUGGUUCGCCAUGAACUUGAGCGGUCACAAGCGCCGAAGCGUUGGAACCGGAUGGCAAGUCGGAUUUGGUAACAUCGGUGGUAUCAUCGCCACAUACUCUUUCAUCCAGAAAGAUUCCCCCCGCUUCAUUCCCGGCCACUCCAUUUGUCUUGCUUUCCUUGUAUUCUCAGCACUUAUGUGCAUGGCAUAUCUUGCUUUGCUCAUGUACCGCAACAAGAGCCGUGACAAGGCCGCAGCUGCAGGUGUUGUUCAAGCUGAUGAUGCGGAUCUCACUCCAGAACAGAAGAGAGAGAGGGAUCUGCUGGGAGAUAUGAACCCGGAAUAUCGCUAUCAAUUAUAG